CCCAGCCACCAUGGGGAGUUAAGGGGUUAGUCGACGGGUCAUUUUCGUUAAUAUUUAAUACUAGAAAAGCUUUCCAUAUGCUGCUUUUCGGGGCACACAGUUCGCGCCAGUAUCCCCAAUGCAGCGGAUUACGGGGAUCGGGCUUUCAGAGACGGGUGAAUUGUUUGCCAGCAAAAUCAUUGCUACAGAGGAAGAUCUGACCUCUGCUUUGAGCAACCAGAGACAUGAGUGUUGUCAGAGAAUUACAUGGGAUUGGGUUCAGGGGCGGCGGGGGGGGCGUUGUGGCCUCUCUGAGCGGCCCGUCCCACUUUACCGAGGAUGCUCCGCGACCCCCUGUUCCUGGGGAGGAGGGAUCUGAUGUGGACCCCCCAGUCCAGUCGGUCAGCACCCGUCCAAACACCCUGUCCCAAACGCUCGGCUACCCCCCGUCAUCGUUAUCAUCUAAAAUGGGGGAUCAAUCGAGUUACACGCCCUCCUCGUCGUCUGCGACCCCGCGGCGCCCGGAUCUGGACUUAGGGUACGAACCCGAGGGCUCGGCUUCACCGACUCCUCCGUACCUGAAGUGGGCCGAGUCGCUUCACUCUCUUCUGGACGACCAGGAAGGCAUCCAGCUGUUCCGAAACUUCCUGUGUCAGGAAGGGUGUGCGGACCUCCUGGACUUCUGGUUUGCUUGCUCCGGGUUCAGGAAGACGAGCCAGGAGAAGAGGGCAAAGCUGGCCAAGGCCAUCUACAGGAAGUACAUAGUAGACGGAAGUGGGAUCGUCUCCAGGCAGAUCAAAGGAGCCACCAAGAGCUUCAUCAGAGACUGUGUGGGGAAGCCUCAUCCAGACCCUGCCAUGUUUGAACAGGUAAUACAAACCCUGAUGUCGUGUUUUCAGAAUACCU